AGACUUAGAGUUCCAUUUUAUAAACACUUACUACUACUCUCUCGUAUUAGAUGCGUAUUUUUGGAGCCCGUCGACAAGUACAAAACUAGUUUAUGUUUGCCCUAAAAGCUAAAACACAAUCUGAUCUCCAAAUGUGAAUUUUUAGGUUCUGUCAUGUCAAAAUUAUGAUGCCCCCAACACUAAUCUCAUUUCCAAACUCUCGAAGUCUCCAACUCACACAGAGUCCAAGACUAUGAAACUAAAAAACAGCUAUAAAUAUGUCAGUAAUUUCAGUACCAAACAGCUUCAGUUCCUAUCAGCAUCAGCCCUCAUUAAAACCUCUCUCACUACCUACUUCACACUCAUUCCCAACUUGAGAAAGCAAGAUCUUUGGAUUCCAAAUCAACACUGCAACUUUCACUAAUCCUGCAAUUUUUCUCUACUACAUUCCAUAUGCCUUUGGGAUCAUUUGAUUUUCUUUCAUUUCGCAAAAAAAGUCAUCUUUGACUUUGAGUACUUUCAGUCUAGCUGAUGGGUUUAUUAUCAGGAAUUAAAGUUUGAUAAACAAUCUCUCUGAUCAAAAGAUUUCUAACUUGUGCUCUUUUAUCCUUUGAUUUUGGAAAACCCUUCUGUUUAUUAGUGUUUUGAAGCUCAAAAGAGGGGGUUUUGCAUUAAAAAACUGAACUUGAAAAAAAAAGCAUAAUUAAAAUCAAACAUUGUUAUUGAUCUGAGUACUGAAGAUGGAGAAUACAGAGACUGGUGAGGAGAACAAUGAAGAGAAAGUAGCAGAAGAUUGGUGUUUUCAUUGUAAAGAUGGUGGAUUACUUCUCGUCUGUGACCACAAGGAUUGUCAUAAAGCUUAUCACUCUGAGUGUGUUGGAAAGGAUCCUUUAGAACCGGAAACAGGGGAGCCUUGGAUUUGUAACUGGCAUUGCUGCUUCAAUUGUGGUGGAGGUCCAGAAUUUCAUUGCAUUUCCUGUCCGAAAGCUGUAUGCAAACGCUGUGUUAAAGGUGUGGAGUUUGCGAAUUUCAGAGCAAAAAAGAGCUUCUGUGGUGAUUGCUUAAAGCUUCUUCUAUUAAUAGAAGAAAAUGUUGAGGUCGACUCUGAUGGGGGCAAGAUAGAUUUUAAGGACAGGGAAACAUAUGAGGGCCUGUUCAAGGAAUACUGGGAUCUAAUAAAAGACGAGGAAGGCGUAACUUUAGAAGAUCUCUAUACUGCUGACAGACUAUUGCAUAAGGGCAAGGGAAAUAAAAAAGAGGGCUACAAGGGCAAUAAAAGAGAGGGCUGCAGAAAAAAAAUUGAUUCAGAUAAACUUUUUAUAUGUGAUAAGGAGGAUGAAUUGUUAUCGGAUUUUGAAGAAAAUGAGGAGGAUCUAACACUGGCAAUAGUUCCAUCCAAUGGGAUUCCACAUCCUGCACUGAAGUCGAUGAAAAGAAAAAUGAAAAAGAAAAAAGUGUUUAUCGGGUGGGGAUCGAAGCCUCUAAUAGAUUUUCUUACAUCCGUUGGCAAGGAUCCAAGCCAGACUUUUUCUCUUUUUGAUUUGGUCAAAAUUGUCAACGAAUAUAUCACCAAUAACAGACUCACUGAUCGAGAAAAGAAGAAGAGGGUUAUAUGCGAUGAAAGGCUCCUUUCUCUUUUAGGGAAGAGGACAGUGAACCGAACUAAAAUUCGUGACUUGUUGGAACCACAUUUACGUGAUAACCAGGAUUCAUCAGAGGAGGAUGAGUUGAGUGAUAACUCAGAAGAGGGUGAAGGUGCUUCAAAUUCUUGCAAAAGGCAAAGAAGGAUCAGCAUGGACAAGGACAAGACAAAUGGGACAGUUAAAAUUAAAUUUGCUCCGCGUAGCUGUUUUGCUUCUAUAGUAACUCAAAACAUCAAGUUGGUUUAUUUGAAAAGGAGCUUAGUUCAGGAUCUAUUAAAAAAGCCUGAUACUUUUGAUGGCAAAGUGGUUGGAAGCUUUGUUAGGGUCAAAAGUGACCCUAAUGAUUACCUCCAAAAAAAUUCUCACCAGCUUCUGCAAGUUACUGGGAUACAGAAGGUUUCGGAGGCGGGUGAGAGUAAUACAGAGAUUAACUUGCAACUCUCAAGUAUGAGUGACGGUGUCCAGAUACGCAUGCUGUCAGAUGAUGAUUUCACUGAGGAAGAGUGUGAGGACUUACGCCAGCGUGUGAAAGAUGGUCAGGUGAAGAGGCCCACUACUUGGGAUCUUGAGGGGAAGGCCAGAGUUCUGCACGAAGAUAUUACAUAUCAUUGGAUCGAAAGAGAGCUUGCCCUGUUACAAAAUCUCAUUGAUCGAGCAAAUGAGAAGGGAUGGCGCAGAGAGCUCUGCGAGUACCUUGAGAGGAGGACGCUACUUCAGUCACCAUCUGAAAGGGAAAGAUUGAUACAAGAAGUUCCACUAGUAAUUGCUGAUGAAAUCGAGGUUGAGCCUCCUGUUGAGUUGCCUGGAGAUGAAAACCCUAACACCGAUGAUUCACCGAGAUCAAUCCUUUCCAGGGAUUCAGAAUCUCUUGAUGACGUGGCAAGAAAAGAAACCUCUUCUAGUCCUAAAGAUGGAGAAGUUAUACCUGCAGGUCGCGGUAGCAAGAUAAAAAGUAUUACUUAUGCAGUUGUUGAAUCAAAUAUAAUUAUGAAUGAAGUCCAAGAUGGGGGAAACAUUGCUGCCGGAGUGUCUGAUGACUUAAAAGAUGGCAUGAGUAGAAAUGUUGUUGCUAAACUAGAUUUCACUGGGAAUGAAGAUCGAAAUGGGGGAACUGUUUAUGGCAGCGUGGGUGAGAAAGUAAAAGCUGCAGCAUCUGUUUCUGUAAACUGUACUAAAUUGGAAGUUGAUGUUGUCAAGGAAGAGCAGAAACAAUCUCGUUCCAAUAAAAUUGAGCAGCAAUCAUCAAUAGAGGAUGCCAAGCAAGAAAACAAUGAAAGAAACUCCCUAAUUAUGAACAAACACCAGGAUAAGGUGGACGUUAUGGUGAUUGAUUUAGCCAAUGAAGAUGGAGAUGCUUGUGGAAACUUAAUUCUUGAGAACCCUGAAAGUUCGAUAUGGCAUUAUCUAGAUCCUUCUGGUAAAAGUCAGGGACCGUUCUCAAUGAGUUUGCUCAAAAUGUGGAAAAGCAAGCAUUUCUUUACCCCAGAUUUUAAGGUUUGGAAAACAGGACAGCCAAAAGAGGCGGCAAUCCUUCUUACUGAUGCGAUAUGUCAAGUAUACCCUGAAAAUAGUAGGUAAAAUGUGUUGAAUCCUGUUGUAUCAUUUUGUCCAUACCUUCUUUUUUGUCCUUCUAGGAUUAAUCUCAGUUGCUCAUCUGUGUUAUGUUGCUGAUUGAGUAACUGAAUAGUUCCUUUCGGUUUUCUCGGCCUUUGUCUUGUCAUGUAGUACAAGUAUCUAUCUUAGUAAUGCCUUGAUAGUGGUAAUGCCAGAAAUGGUUCCAUCAUCUUUUCAGAAGCGUUUCUUACCAUGUUAGAAGUUUUGUUUUGAA